AGCGGUUGCGGCGCCGCGCCGCCUCGCGGCGACCGUCCAGCCCCUCCCCCCCUCCCGUGGGCCAGACGCGCCGCGCGGGGCCAGGCGCCCCCCCCCCCCCCGCAUUCGGGUGUUGCUGGAGGUGCCCCUGGCCCAAGGUGACCCCAGGAUUUCCAGGGAGGCACCUUGAGCAACUCCCGACGCAUGCUGGUGGCGACGUCGGUGACGGCCACCGUCUCGGACAUGUUCGAGGAGUACGCGCACGAGUUCUCGAGGCUGCGGCAGGAGUUCGACGACCAGGUGGCGGCCGCCAAGGCGUCGAGCAGCAGCGGCGCGGAGACGCGCUGCGUGUCCGAGGCCGAGCGGCGGGUCGCCGGCGCUGAGCGGGCGCUGAAGCAGAUGGAGAUGGAGGCCGAGCACUUUCUUUGGGUGCAGAUGUCGAUCGGUGGCGACAGUUUUGGCCAAACGGCAUUUCGGAGUCCGCCCUCCGCCCUCCAUCCGGAGAAAACCUGCUCGGAGAGGCUCGGAGCACGGCGCCCGCGGCGCGGGCGCAGCUGGAACCCAGGCUGCAGCUGUUCCGGGCCGAGCUCUCGCAGCGCCGGCAGGCGCUGGCGUCUGCCACGCAGGCGGCGGAGCGGCGGGCGCUGCUGGGGGCCGCCAACAACCCGAUCUCGGGCAAGGCAGUCAGGGACCGCGAGCGUCUCCUGGACGUCAACGACACCCUGAGUCAGCAGACCCGGCAGCUGGAGGAGGCCAGAGCCACGGCCGCGGAGGCCGAGCAACUCAGCCUCGAGGUCAUGGGCGACCUCCGGCAGCAGCGCGAGGUCAUCCUGCGCUCGCGCGCUGGUGUCGGCCAGAUUGGCGAGAACAUGGGCGCCGCGGGGCGCCUCAUCGCCAGCAUGAGCAGGCGGGCGGCGGCGAACCGCGUCAUCGUGCGCGUCGUCGUGGGUGUCAUGGUGGCGGCGCUGCUCGCUGCGGUCUACUUCAUCCGCCCGCGCUGCCAUGCGCUCCUUCCGCCGCCGCGCUGUGUGGGUCUGGGGGUUGGGCUGCGGGGU